GGCCGUAAGGCCGAUUCGACGAAUUCGGGAUCCAGUUAAAUGGGGGUCGGCUAUAAAAUAACUGACCAACGCUGUCGCCGACAUCAGUAAUAUAACUUCGCUCGAACAUGAAGGUCCUGGCUCUAUUCCUCCUUGUAGUAGCGGUAGUUUUGGCAGAGGACAAGUAUACGACAAAGUAUGACAAUAUCGACUUGGAUACAAUUUUGGCGAGUGACCGUUUGCUCAAAAACUAUGUAAAUUGCUUGCUGGAAAAGGGAAGUUGUACGCCCGAUGGCAAAGAACUUAAAGAAACCCUUCCGGACGCAUUGGCGACCGAGUGCAAUAAAUGCAGCGAGAAGCAAAAGAAGGGCACCGAGAAGGUCGUCCGGUAUCUAGUCAACAAGAAACCGGAAACUUGGGAACAACUUAAGAAGAAGUACGAUCCCACUGGCCAAUUCACAACCAAGUAUGUAGACGACGCGCACAAGCAGGGAAUAAAUGUGUGAAUAAUUUAGAUUCUCAUCUCGCCGAGUAGAACGUCGAGAAAUCUGUGUGUCCCCUCUUCUUCUCACACUCUGCACCCGAAUUAAAUAAAUUCGUUAGUUCUACGUCACAUACAACGUUUUCUCAACUGAAAUUCAGAAGCUAUGAAGAAACACAAUGUUGCCAGAGAUUAUGAUAAAUAAUAAACGAGUAAGUGAAAAAGGA